AUGUUCAGUCCUCCUCCCCUGAUGGAGCCGUGCUGUCUGUGGUGGCAGCAGUGUGUGUGUGUGGGAGGGAGUGUGUGUGUUUCGGGGCUGCGUGUGUGUGCACUGCAAGGCUGGUCUGGGAACAGGGUUCUGUGUGCAACGAGUCAGUCUUCUCUCACUUUGCUUCCUGACACACUGAUCCAGGACCUGUCUGAUCCACCCACAUUGGACAAGCACACCCCAGACCCAGACCCUGUGGGGUUAGAUCCACCGCUGUCUGACUGCAGUAGUACUGGGUGUCCUCUCCCAGAGAGACGGGGCGCUGGACCAGACCCUGUGGGGUUAGAUCCACCGCUGUCUGACUGCAGUAGUACUGGGUGUCCUCUCCCAGAGAGACGGGGCGCUGGACCAGACCCUGUGGGGUUAGAUCCACCGCUGUCUGACUGCAGUAGUACUGGGUGUCCUCUCCCAGAGAGACGGGGCGCUGGACCAGACCCUGUGGGGUUAGAUCCACCGCUGUCUGACUGCAGUAGUACUGGGUGUCCUCUCCCAGAGAGACGGGGCGCUGGACCAGACCCUGUGGGGUUAGAUCCACCGCUGUCUGACUGCAGUAGUACUGGGUGUCCUCUCCCAGAGAGACGGGGCGCUGGACCAGACCCAGACCCCUCUCCCAUCCUGAGGCCCAAACUCUCCAAGGCUAUCAGCUACAAGGGUGUGCUGACCAGUGUCCUGAGUGCGGCAGCGGGGCUCUAUGUGAUUGACGGGAAGGUGGGCCUGUGUUUGGCCUAUCAGCCACUGCAGAGGCGUGGCCUGCGUCCGGGGGCGGAGAUAGAACUCCAUGAUGUCCAUUUCCUGUACCGCCCCUCUCCUCACUUCCAUCCCUGCAUGCUCUGCGUGUGUCUACACUCCAGUCUGCGUGUCACUUCCUUCAGCCGCCUGGGGUCAGAGGUCGACCGCCCUAGCGACGCCCCGCUGCCGUGGCUACUGCUGGAGAGGAAUCUGGGCGUGUCUCAGUACCUGUGGCUCUGUCACUGCUGCAGAGCUCUAAGAGACAGGUAG